CCCAUCACCAUCACCGCCCGCCAGCCUGCCUGCCAAACAUCCCUCUCUCUCAAGAGCCAAGGCGUGGCAAGUCAAGAUAUUCCUUUGAUUGUCUCUUUCUUUUGAGUUGGUUCUUUUUCUUCAUACUGCUUGUCUUAUUGAGAGUCUCUUUUCCACGUUUCAUCAGCGGCCUGUUGGCGCCGCUCAAUCCCGACUAUGGCCCUACAGGCUCCCCUCUCUCAGUUGCCUAGCCUGUCUGCCAUUGCGCCAGAUGUCUUCACAACACUCCCUUCGCUCUUUACUUCGCCUCUCCAAACCCUCCGACGUUAUCGCCUGGCGCGGCUGCGAACUGAAGGUGAUGCAUCCGGUUCGCGGCAGAUACACUCGAGGAGCCAGAUAGCAGGGCAGUCAACGGUACACAACAACGUCUUCCGAACUGCGAGUCCUUCUAACGCUCUACAGCCGUCGUCGAGCGUUGCUCUCCCAGAAUUCCUCGCCUCCCUUCCGCCGAACAGUUUCCGACCGCAAUCUCUCAACAUAAAUUCUCGCCGAACACUACCCUGGAUGUCUAGAACCAUCUCCUCAACAGUUACCUCUCGCCUGAAUCCGAUAUCAAUGCUGCGACGAGAUUUGUCGACGAGUAUUGCCAAUGCCUCGACAAGGGUAGUCCGCGGAAAGAGUACAAUAAGAGUGCCUUCGGCGCAGCCUUCAAUGAAUUCUUUGGUGUUUGGUCCUCCUCGCCGAGGGAAUAACUCAAGCUCGAGUAAGCAAUACCGACAAUUCUCGACGACUUCCCCACUCGCCAACCAAAACAUGCUGGCCCAUGCCGAACGCACCGCAAACAACAACCCUACCAGUGCCACCGCCCAGAACGCUUUCUAUUCCGCCCUCUUACGCGCAAACAUGCCCAAGCUCGUUAUCGAAAGAUAUCAGUCAGGUCGAUAUGCCACCAAUCCAGCAGCUGAUGCGGCCUACCUCAAGGCUCUGCAGAUGACCGGUUCGGUUCCUGCUCCAGGUACACCCGGCUCAAAUGUCGCCGGUUCACAGAGUAAUGGACUGAGUGCCGACAAAUUACGAGCAGUAGGCCAGGCUGUUGCUGGACAGAACUAUGGUGGGCAAGUGAUUAUGCCUAGCAACAAAUCUGGUACAGGGGCAAAGGAAGCGCCGCUUUAUGUGGUGGUGGAAGAGUCCUGGGGUGCAACCAUCCUGAAAUGGGUCCGAACGUUCCUCUGGGUUGGCUUGUCUGGCUAUUUCCUCCUGGUGGUCCUGACCAUGGUCGUGGAAAUGACUGGGAGUUUCCGGACGAGAGUCGGCCAAAACAACGAGGUACAGCCCCAGCAUCAGACCGUCCGCUUCAGCGACGUGCAUGGCUGCGAUGAGGCUAAAGAGGAACUGCAAGAGCUGGUUGAAUUCCUGAAGAAUCCGGAAAAGUUCAACCAACUAGGAGGCAAGCCUCCCAAGGGCGUUCUCUUGGUGGGCCCGCCUGGUACUGGCAAAACUAUGCUUGCUCGCGCCGUGGCUGGUGAGGCUGGCGUACCCGUUUUUUACAUGUCCGGCUCGGAGUUCGAUGAACUGUACGUCGGUGUCGGCGCGAAACGUGUUCGUGACCUCUUCACCCAAGCGCGGAACAAGGCCCCAUCGAUCAUCUUCAUUGACGAACUCGACGCAGUUGGCGGCAAAAGGAACGCACGUGAUCCUGCCUAUGCGAAACAGACACUCAAUCAGCUCUUGACCGAGCUGGAUGGGUUUAGUCCGAGCACCGGUGUUAUUCUCAUCGCUGCGACCAACUAUCCCGAGUCUCUGGACAAGGCGCUCAUCCGGCCAGGACGAUUCGAUCGGCAUGUCAACGUGCCCUUACCCGAUGUGCGCGGCCGAAUCCAGAUCCUGAAGCAUCACAUGAGGAAUAUGCCCAUCGCCGCCGACGUGGACGCCACCAACCUCGCACGUGCUACAAGUGGUAUGUCUGGCGCCGACCUCGAGAAUCUUUGCAACCAAGCUGCAGUCCAUGCUUCACGGCUGAAGUACAAGAAAAUCACUGGUAUGAACUUUGAGUGGGCCAAAGACAAGAUCAUGAUGGGGGCUGAGGCCAAAUCUCGCAUGAUCCGAGAAAAGGACAAGAUCCAAACUGCGUACCACGAGGCAGGUCACACUUUGGUCAACCUGUUCACUCCCGCCAGCAACCAGUUGUACAAGGUGACCAUCAUCCCACGUGGCCAAGCACUUGGCGUCACUCACUUCCUGCCUGAAAUGGACGAGGUGAGCAGAGGCUACGAUCAGUUUAUCGCUUCGAUCGAUGUUUCAAUGGGUGGACGAGCGGCUGAGGAAUUGAUAUAUGGUCCCCACAAGGUGACAAGCGGUAUUUCGCACGAUGUGCAUCAGGCAACUCGAACCGCGUUUUACCUUGUCACCCAGUGCGGGUACUCCGCCAAAUUGGGAAAUGUCGAUCUUGCUUCCGACUACGACAAACUUUCGAGCGAGACCAAGCAGGAAAUCGAACACGAGGUGCGACAGAUUGUGGAAGGCGGCCGAGAACGGGCCGACCGAAUUGUCAAGGAGAAGCGGAAGGAACUCGAAGCCUUGAAGGAUGCGCUCCUGGAAUACGAAACCCUGGACCGCGAAGAGAUCAUGAAGAUCCUACGUGGGGAGAAAUUGAAAAAGAUCGAGGUUGAGCUUCGUGAGGAUGACGACACGGACAAUGGGGAUAAUGGACGAGGAAACAAGUCACAGCCCAAGAAGGAUAAGGAAGUCGGCUCCAAAGGCAGCUUGGGGAUCAAGCUUCCCGACGUGCUGCUUCCGCCCGGAACCGGUGGAAGAGGAGGAGAGAAAGAAGGAGUGUCGCGGGUCAGUGAUAGAUGACAUUGAUGGUGGCUAAUCAAGCCUUCCUUCGUCUUCUUUUCGUGGAUUUAUUUAGCGGGUAAAAUGACUCUCGUAUCGUGGAAUUGAAAAGGAUUAUCCUCUACAGUAUGAACCAUUAUUUGAUAUACAACCUGCA